AGCUUUAGUAUGGGCGUUAGACAGGUGUUUAUGAGCUUUAGUAUGGGCAUUAAACAGGCAUUAAUGAGCUAUAGUAUGGGCGUUAGACAGGCAUUGAUGAGCUUUGGUAUGGACUUUAUGGGCAUUAGACAGGCGUUAAUGAGCUUUGGUAUGGGCAUUAGACAAGCGUUAAUGAGCUUUGGUAUGGGCAUUAGACAGGCGUUAAUGAGCUUUGGUAUGGGCAUUAGACAGGCGUUUAUGAGCUUUAGUAUGAACCUUAAACAGGCAUUAAUGAGCUUUAGUAUGGGCGCAUUAAUGAGCUUUGGUAUAGACCUU